UGAGAAGACGACAAAAUGCACUCUGUUAAAUCUAAGCCUCACCUUUCCAGGGAAGACCACUGUUCUGGAUCUAUUUCAUAAUUUCAACGUGAUGCUUCAGUAUCAGAAGCAGAAACUGAAAUUUCUCAAAUAAGAUGUUCACUUUCUGAAGUAACAAGUAGUUAUUGGUUCACCACGAAUUUUUCGGAUAGAAGCAUUUUAACCUUUUUGCAUCCCAUUGCUUGUCUUCACCAUCAACCAACAGAAAUCAAAGGGGGAAAGGCAAGGGAGCAAGGAAUGGAUUCAGUCUCAGGAUCGAAUGGUACAGUCCAACCGAAAAGCUAUUGGAGAUGUAGCAAACAAGAUUUUUUCCCAGAAGAAUCUUUCAAAAACUGGGGGACAUACCGAUAUGCACUCUCACAAAUAUGGUUUCGGUUCAAGGACCGUCUUGUAAGUCGAUCUCAUGAUGCCAAUGAGCUUGGGGAGCUACGAAAACAAAGUGAAAAUGACAUGAAACGGUGCCUGAACUGGUGGGAUCUUACCUGGUUUGGUUUUGGCGCUGUCAUUGGUGCAGAAUUUGCAGUAGAAAUUCCUGUAGCUGGUGGGUCGUUUGCUUACUUGAGAGUAGAACUUGGAGACUUUGCAGCAUUUAUAACAGCUGGAAACAUACUUCUUGAAAGCAUAAUUGGAAGUGCAGCAGUUGCUAGAGCUUGGACCUCUUACUUCACAACUCUUCUGAACCGGCCUUCCAACUCCCUGCGCAUACAUACAAAUCUUAAAGAUGGGUACAACCUCUUGGACCCUAUUGCCGUCGUAGUCCUAGCAAUUGCAUCAACAAUUGCCAUGAUCAGCACAAGGAAAACUUCAUAUUUAAAUUGGAUUGCAUCUGCAAUAAACACUAUUGUGAUUUUGUUUGUGAUAAUUGCGGGUUUUGCUCAUGCCGACACAUCCAAUUUGACACCUUUUUUGCCUUAUGGUGCAAAAGGGAUCUUCCAAGCAGCAGCGAUCGUGUACUUCGCUUAUGGAGGAUUUGACAAUAUUGCGACCAUGGCAGAGGAAACAAAAAAUCCAUCCCGAGAUAUACCACUAGGAUUGCUUGGGUCAAUGUCACUCAUCACCAUCAUAUAUUGCUUGAUGGCACUUUCAUUGAGCAUGAUGCAGAAGUAUACAGACAUAGAUCCCAAUGCAGCCUAUUCUGUUGCAUUCCAGAGCGUGGGGAUGAAAUGGGCCAAAUACCUGGUAGCUCUUGGAGCUCUCAAGGGGAUGACCACUGUUCUUCUAGUUGGGGCACUGGGGCAGGGACGCUAUACAACUCAUAUUGCACGAGCCCACAUGAUUCCACCAUGGUUUGCACUUGUUCACCCAAAGACAGGAACCCCAAUAAAUGCUACUCUCUUAAUCACCAUUUCCAGUGCUUGCAUUGCUUUUUUUUCAAGCUUGGAUGUUUUAGCAGAUUUACUAUCCGUGAGUACGUUGUUUAUCUUCAUGAUGAUGGCAGUUGCACUUCUUGUGAGAAGAUACUAUGUAACAGGGGUAACUCCUCCGACAAACCUUUCGAAGUUAGUUAUCUUGUUGCUGAUCAUUAUUGCUUCAUCCAUGGGGACUUCAGCUUGCUGGGGAUUGAACCCCAAUGGUUGGGUUAGUUACACCAUUACCAUUCCUCUUUGGUUCUUCGGCACACUAGGGAUUGCAGUGCUUUUGCCGCAGCAGAGGACACCAAAGGUAUGGGGUGUCCCACUUGUCCCAUGGUUACCAUCCUUGUCAAUUGCAACAAAUUUGUUUCUCAUGGGAUCUUUAGGGGCUGAUGCUUUUAUAAGGUUUGGCAUCUGCACCAUUGUAAUGCUGGUUUACUAUGUGCUUUUUGGUCUCCAUGCAACUUACGACAUGGCCCAUGGGCAAAAUAGCCCAGAACCCACGAAGGUCACUGAGGCAAACAGCAUAGGAAGCGCAGGGCCUUGAAAUGACAGACAUCUCUUAUCAACUGUAGGCAAGGAUCCUUGAUUAGUACCACCUAGCAAUUGUUAAACAGUAGUGAUUGAAAGCUCCCAUGAUGUCUUUCAUGAGAUAAAGUUUCAUAAUGUACUAGUUGCUGGAGAUAAAAAUGUAUUCCAUUCCUAGAAAUGGAUUGAUAUAGCUGAUCCUACAUAGUGGGAUAAAAGCUUGAUAUGUUAUUGUACUCCUAGAAGAGAAAGAGGAAUUUGCUCUC